AUGUCCCCCUUCGCCCUCGAGUCCGCCCGCGCCGAAGGGCCCAAAACCUCCCGUCUCUUCGGCUACCCCUUGCACGGAACCUACGCUCCCUUCCUCCACAACACCAUCACUCGCCUCGCGAACGUCCCGCGGAAAUACUACAAGAUGGAGUCGACUGACAUGGACGAGUUCUUGGCGUAUGUGAGGAGCGAGGAGUGCUGUGGGAGCGCAGUGACCAUGCCCCACAAGGUCGCUAUCUGCCAGCACCUCGACGACUUGACCGAAGACGGGCGCAACAUCGGCGCCUGCAACACCGUCAUCAUCCGCAAGGGUCCAAACGGGGAGCGCAAGCUCGUUGGACACAACACCGACUCGGUGGGCGUGCGAGAGAGUCUGCUGAGGGCGGACGACUCGCAUGUCAAGUCCGGCAAGGUCCGACCAGGCGCAGUCCUUGGAGCAGGCGGAGCGUGCCGCGCCGCCGUCUACGCCCUCGACCAAUGGCUCAACUGUUCGCCCAUCUACGUUGUCAACCGCGACGAUGCAGAGGUCGAGCAGUUCAUCUCGGACUUCAAGAAGAACGCGACGGGCAAGUUUAACCCGAAGCUUGUGCAUGUCAAGACUGUUGAGGAGGCGCAGAAGCUGGAGGCGCCAGCGUACAUCGUCUCGGCUGUUCCCGCUUUCCCGCCUACAACGCCCGAAGAGAAGCGGGCUCGCGCAGUUUCCGAGUGCCUCUUCAACAAGCCGGAGAAGGGCGUCAUUCUGGAGAUGUGCUACCACCCGGACAUCUGGACUCCUCUCGCACAGAUCGCGCAAGACGCCGGCUGGAAAGUCGUGACUGGAGAGCAAGCCAUGAUCUGGCAAGGAAUCGAGCAGCAACUUCUCUGGCUCGGAUGCGACGAGGCGGACCUCCCGAUCCAGGAGAUUCUCGACACGGUUGCGAAGCAGGUCGCGAGCGAUAAGCAGACUGGGUCGGAGCCGCCGUUCGAGUAG